UCGGGAAAAGAUGGCGUCAACAGACAAGCUCUCGCGUCGCUACGAAUCCAGAGAUAAUUUCCAUGGCUCUGACGGUGGUAAAUAUGGCAAAGAAUCAAAAUAUGACGAUCCUCCUCACUCUCGAUUGUUUAUUGUAUGUGGAAAGUCCAUCACAGAGGAGGAUUUCCGUGAAAGCUUUUCCAAGUAUGGCACCAUUGAGGAAAUAUGGGUUGUGAAAGAUAGAAACACUGAGGAACCUAAAGGUGUUACAUACAUCAAGUUUUCCAAAACAUCUGAGGCAGCGCUGGCCAUGGAAGAGAUGAAUGGUCGCUGUAUUGGAGGUCACCCAAGACCACUCAAGGUUCUCAUUGCACACAGCCGUGACCAAGGAUCACGACGGGACAUGAAUGAGGAGGAGAGACUAUUGCGACUGUUUGUAGUGGUUCCCAAGUCACUCUCUGAAACUGACCUACGUGAACAUUUUGUUCAGUUUGGGGACAUUGACUAUGUUUCCAUCGUGCGAGACCGCAAUACACGAGACAGCAAAGGCUUUGCUUAUGUCAAAUAUCACAGAAUGUCUCAUGCAGCGAAAGCUUUUGAAAGCUGUGAUCGCACCUUCAAACCAGUUUUUGCUGAUCCUAAGCCCCAGAAAAGUGACGGUAUUAAGUUUGAUGGUGGUGGCGGCAGAGACUUGAGGGGGGAUAUCCGGGGCAGUGAUGGAGGUUAUGGAUACUCGUCAGGACCUCUCACACCCCAUAUCAAUAAUCAUCAUUCACCUUUUGAUGCCAUUUCAUACAUGGACACAAGUGGGCUAAAUCCUGAGGGUGUGACGCGGCUGACUGUAAUUGCUUCGCCGACCCUCAACCAGGACCAGCUCUGGAAGUUGUUUGACCUUAUCCCCGGUCUUGAUUACUGCGACCUGAGGAAAGACCGCAAGUCUGGACAGAUGGCUCAUCAUCAGGCGCGAGGAGUUGCCACCGUGGUGUAUAAUAAUAUUCAGUCUGCAACCUAUGCCAAAGAGAAACUUCAUGGAUUUGAAUAUCCACCUGGCCAGAGAUUGAUUGUCAAGUUUGAUUCUCACCAUGACAUGCCUCCAGGGCCACCACCCAUGAUGUCAGGCGCUCCAGGAGGCCCACCGUUUGCAGGUUUGCCUCGAGGUGUAACAGGUGCUAUAGCCCCACACAAUGGUACUAUGGGAGGGAGUCCUCCUGGCAGUAUGAAUGUAGCCCCCCAGUCUCUUUCUGGUGGACAGCCAAACAGCAAUAUUCAACAGAAUUUAGCACAGUUAGCUGAGACCAUUGCCCAAGCAACAUCUCUCAUACAGGCUGCAGGACUAAAUCAGGGACCUGGUAAUGUGAACAACAUAGGAGGAAGUCCAGGACAACUAAGUGGAGGAGAAACAUAUGAUCCAUCAUAUUGCUCUGUUAAGCUACCUCCCCCUCAACCACUGGCGCCAGUUGAUUCUGCUGUUGCCGAGAGAUUGUUUAUUGUAUGCCAUCCAUCACCACCACCCAUAUACGCGCUAAAGGAUGUUUUUGGAAGGUUUGGAAGUCUUAUUGAUAUCUACAUGCUAAAUGGCAAAACUUUUGGAUAUGCAAAAUAUUCUUCUAAGGAAUCUGCAGACAAGGCCAUUGUGGUGUUACAUGGGCAAGAGGUACUAGGCUCCCGGUUGAAGGUAAUGGAGGCUGACCCACACGACAAAGCCGAUUCUGGUCGCAAGAGACUGCGCAUCGAUGAUCAGAGUUGAGCAAGCUCACGCAAAGAGCAGCGUGUUGACAUCGUGACUACGCCGACCACACAACGGACAGUUACGGACAGCCAACACAGCGACCUAAUACUACCCUAACCAACCAACGAUCCAAUGAACCAACCAACCCCUUGUACCUUUAGACAACCACCUCCAACAGUCAUGUUCCCAGUGACGCCCAACACUUUGUGUAACAAACUCGCAAACGACUUGCCCAUGAGGCUGCAGUGCACAUGUGACUACACACAGGUGACUUAAUUGUAGAUGAAUGUUUGUGCAGGCAUCUGUACAUGCAUGACGUCAGAUUCUUUGCUUUUUUCUUUGUCCUUUUUUUUUAUUAUUGUUCUACUAGUAACGGGGGGAGGGGGUGUUGUUGAACUGGUUAAGCAAACUACUUUUUUUUUUUUUUUUUUUAAUAU